GCGCAUUCCGUCGCCUCCCUCCUGGCCCGCCCUCUUGCUUCAGGUUUGGAAUUCAAAAUUAGGCUCGCGGGUUAAAGAUUUUGCCUGGCGAGCAGCAAGAACUGUUGGAUGAUAACAAUAUCAAAAGUGAGAGAAAAUGAAGGACUGAGAGGGUCAGCCAUUUCCAAAAUAAUAAGAAAGACCUUUUUUUUGUUGGCAAAAGAACGCAACUAUGUAGAUCAAGCUACUGAGCUCUCAGAGUUAGCCAGUCCUUCCCUGAAUGCUCUUGUGCUGAUGGGCUGACCCUCUUCAAGCAACCCUUCGGUAAAACAGGGUCAAUGAGAUAUGAACAAACAGAACAACCAACAAAGCAUGCAGCCAGCCAGCGGCAAAGUAUCCUGGUGCCAGAGAAAGGCUGGACGAAAGGAGAAGAUUGGACUCCAUUUCCCGAGAAGGGAGAAGUACAGUAAUAUUCCCAUGGUAGACACAGGUAGUCCAGUUGUGUGUUUCACAGGGGUGUGCAAAAGAGGGAUGUGGAAAGACAGUUUCAACCCCCAAUGACCUCCAUAGGGACAGAGAUUAGAUUGGAAGCUGGGGGGCUUAUUUUAAAGUUACAUUUGCAUGGCAAGCAGAGUUUUAUUGAGAUGGCUUAUCUGAAGUGCUUUGGCAGGGUUGAUGGAUUGCGGGAGAUCUAGAAAACCUCAGAGAUCCCCCUUUCAUGCUACACUAACAGGGAGAGGGUCUGAGUACUAGGAGGUGCAUUAGUUCUAUUUUAUUACUUUCUUUUUUCCAUUAGGAAAUGACAUUUCUCAUUACUAGUUUGCUUAGGGCAUGUACAAUACACAAAGAAGGGCUCUGAACUUCUUUUGUCAUUAAUUUCAGUUUCACCCUCCCCUCUCAGAGUAUCAUUGAUUGAUCCACUUGAGAGUCUCCGCCCUUCUGUGGAACAUCUUACUUGCUGAUGAAAGAGGUUGUCUUUAAUGACCUGGAGUUGUUAUAACAGCUGUCAACUGAGGUAAGCUUCACAGAAGGGGAGCUGCCUUACCUCCAGAGAGGAGCUUUCAAUUUCUUAUUUUUGGAAAUAACAGAGAGCAAAGAAGGCUCUUCUGAAAGUGAAGCAACAGACCACCCCCAAGCCACUGGUAGGAGACCAGACCUGGUGUUGAACGGGGAUGUUUGAGAGCAAGAUCUCUGAGAAGCAGAGAUAGCAUCAGCCUGCUCUUUUCUUCUGUAAUUAAGAGGGAGUCCUUGGAUCUUUGUAUUAGACCCUUUAAUCUAAGGGUUGCUAAAUGUUUUACAAACAUUAAUUAAUUCAAUUAGACUUUACACCACCACCUUGAGGCAGGUAAUUCCUCUUUGGGAUAUCACUUCUUUGCUUGCUACCAGACUAUAUUUUGGGGCAGAUUAGGAUAAUUAAUAAUAACAGUAAAGCCUUGAGUUUAGAUAAAGUUCUAUAAUUUAAGGUCUCAGGUGCUUUACAGAUACCAGAUUUGUGUAAUGAGGACUGAGGAGGAAGCUUGAGCCAGCUUAUUGGCAAUGAUGACAAGGCAGAAAUAUUGCACUUGUUUCAGGUUCUACUCCGUGCUAAAGACACAUGACCUUGAACAGCUCUUUGUGACCUCUUUAUGACUCAGUUUCUACAGCUUUCAAAUGGGGGUGAUGUUAUUACUCACCUCCCUACUUCACAGAGAUGUUGCGAAGAAUAAUGUUUGUAAUAUGCUGUGAGUUCUCAGAUGAAAGAUGGAAAUUAACAUAUAAUGAAAUAUUAUUACCAUUUAUCAUCACACAAUCUAAAUGGGGCAGACAAGUGAAGCAUCAGCAUCCCCACGAUCCUGGCAGAGAAACCAGUCCUGCCAUUAUUUCCAUUGAACAUGUAUCAUAGACACUCACAGAGGCUGAGAACUGCUCAGAGCAACAGACAUGCUCCUGAAAUAAUCAAAAGCAAUCUGAGAUGCCAGAUCAGCAGAGGUAGCGAAGUAUUUAUUUAUUUUUUUUUCUGUUUUCCAUGUUCAUUCUAAUUUGGGAGAGAGUAUUUGAGAAGAAAUGAGUGCAGGGAAAGAAUCAGAGAAUAAUCGAAGGAACUUUUCCUCUUGGACAUUCCUCUCAAUUCUAGGCCCUGUUUCUGGAUAUGCUUAUCUUUGUAGACCAAAAACACUAAAUGAGGUCCUGUUGGCUGGUACCGGAUGAGAAGAGCCAGUUCCUAUGGUUAAAUGAUCACACAGCAAGGCCAGUGCAGAAAAGCAGCUGGAAUACAGUCAGCUGAGGAGCUGCGGUGGCUUGGCGAGUUGGAGUUCGUCCUGGAAGCAUCUGCCCGGCAAGGUCAGGGAGGAGGUGUGGAAUAACUUUUCAUGGGGGACCAGUUUGAGAAGGGCCAGCACGCUUUGCUCAAUGAAGGAGAAGAGAAUGAGAUGGAAAUAUUUGGCUAUCGGACUCAAGGCUGCCGGAAAACUCUCUGCCUUGCCGGAUCCAUCUUCUCAUUUGGAAUCCUCCCCCUCGUGUUUUACUGGAGACCAGCGUGGCACGUAUGGGCACAUUGUAUCCCAUGUUCUUUGCAUGAAGCAGACACUGUGUUGCUGAGGACAACAGAUGAAUUUCAAAUUUACUCUUGGAAAAAGGUAAUGUGGAUCUACCUGUCAGCAUUAAACAGCGCAUUUGGUCUCACUCCUGACCACCCUCUCAUUACAGAUGAGGAGUGUAUCAUAAAUAGAGCUAUAAGAAAGCCAGACCUAAAGGUGAGAUGCAUAAAAGUGCAGAAAAUAAGAUAUGUUUGGAACUACUUAGAAGGACAGUUCCAGAAAAUUGGCUCUUUGGAAGACUGGCUCAGUUCUGCCAAGAUACAUCAAAAAUUUGGAUCAGGCUUAACAAGAGAAGAACAAGAUAUUAGGAGGUUAAUAUGUGGGCCUAAUACGAUCGAUGUUGAAGUCACACCAAUUUGGAAACUGCUCAUCAAGGAGGUUUUAAAUCCAUUUUAUAUAUUUCAACUAUUCAGUGUCUGUCUGUGGUUUAGUGAAGACUAUAAGGAAUAUGCUUUUGCCAUCAUAAUCAUGUCCAUCAUUUCCAUAGCUUUGACAGUAUAUGAUCUCAGACAGCAAUCUGUAAAACUCCACCAUCUAGUGGAGUCACAUAAUAGCAUUACAGUAUCUGUAUGUGGGAGAAAAGCUGGAGUUCAAGAGCUGGAAUCACGUUUCCUGGUGCCUGGAGAUUUGUUAAUUUUGACAGGGAACAAAGUACUAAUGCCGUGUGAUGCUGUUCUGAUUGAUGGCAGCUGUGUGGUGGAUGAAGGCAUGCUGACAGGAGAAAGUAUUCCAGUCACCAAAACUCCGUUACCCAAGAUGGACAGCUCUGUGCCCUGGAAAACGCAGAGUGAAGCGGAUUACAAACGGCAUGUUCUCUUCUGUGGAACAGAGGUUAUCCAGGCCAAGGCAGCUUGCUCUGGGACCGUGAGAGCAGUGGUGCUGCAGACUGGAUUCAACACGGCAAAGGGAGACCUUGUGAGAUCCAUUCUCUACCCCAAGCCAAUGAAUUUUAAGUUGUACAGGGACGCUAUCAGAUUCCUCCUGUGCCUUGUAGGAACAGCCACCAUUGGGAUGAUCUAUACUCUGUGUGUCUAUGUGCUUAGCGGGGAACCUCCAGAGGAGGUGAUGAAGAAAGCCCUUGACGUCAUCACAAUUGCGGUUCCUCCUGCUCUACCUGCUGCUCUGACCACAGGCAUUAUCUAUGCCCAGAGGAGGCUGAAGAAGAGAGGCAUCUUCUGCAUUAGCCCCCAGAGGAUCAAUGUAUGUGGACAGUUAAACCUUGUUUGCUUUGACAAGACAGGCACCUUAACAAGGGAUGGCUUGGACCUCUGGGGAGUUGUGUCCUGUGAUAGGAAUGGCUUCCAGGAAGUUCACAGCUUUGACUCGGGCCAGGCUUUGCCAUGGGGCCCACUGUGUGCAGCAAUGGCCAGCUGCCACUCUCUGAUCCUUCUUGAUGGGACCAUCCAGGGAGACCCUCUGGACCUCAAAAUGUUUGAAGCCACCACCUGGGAAAUGGCUUUUUCUGGGGACGAUUUCCACGUCAAGGGAGUGCCGGCACAUGCCAUGGUAGUUAAGCCCUGCAGGACGGCCAGCCAGGUCCCAGUGGAAGGAAUCGCAAUCCUGCAUCAGUUCCCAUUCUCAUCAGCACUGCAAAGGAUGACAGUCAUUGUCCAAGAGAUGGGAGGUGACCGACUGGCAUUCAUGAAAGGUGCACCAGAGAGGGUGGCCAGCUUUUGCCAACCUGAGACAGUACCAACUAGUUUUGUUAGCGAACUUCAGAUUUACACGACACAGGGCUUUCGAGUCAUUGCACUGGCCUACAAGAAGCUGGAAAAUGACCACCACACCACUGCCUUGGCGAGGGAGAAGGUAGAAUCAGACCUGAUAUUUCUGGGGCUGCUGAUCUUGGAGAAUCGAUUGAAGGAAAAGACAAAACCUGUCUUGGAAGAGCUCAUCUCAGCCCGGAUAAGGACUGUGAUGAUCACAGGUGACAAUCUUCAGACUGCCAUCACAGUGGCCAGAAAAUCUGGAAUGGUUUCUAAAAGCCAGAAAGUCAUUCUCAUUGAGGCAAAUGAAACCACUGGGUCCUCAUCAGCAUCUAUAUCUUGGACAUUAGUAGAAGAGAAGAAACACGUUACAUAUGAGAAUCAGGACAAUUACAUUAACAUGAGGGGUGAAGUCUCUGAUAACGACAGAGAAGGAAGUUACCAUUUUGCCCUAACUGGAAAAUCCUUUCAUGUUAUAAGUCAACAUUUCAGCAGCUUACUGCCAAAGAUACUGAUCAAUGGGACCAUCUUUGCAAGAAUGUCUCCCGGGCAGAAAUCCAGUCUGGUGGAAGAAUUUCAGAAACUGGAUUACUUUGUAGGUAUGUGUGGUGAUGGAGCCAAUGACUGCGGGGCUCUGAAAAUGGCUCAUGUGGGCAUCUCUUUAUCAGAGCAGGAGGCAUCUGUGGCCUCACCUUUCACUUCCAAAACUCCAAACAUUGAGUGCGUACCUCACCUUAUCAAGGAAGGACGUGCAGCUCUCGUUACCUCCUUUUGCAUGUUUAAGUACAUGGCUCUGUACAGCAUGAUUCAGUAUGUUGGUGUUCUGCUGCUCUACUGGAAGACAAACAGCCUUUCAAAUUACCAGUUUCUGUUCCAGGAUCUGGCCAUUACAACUCUUAUUGGUGUAACAAUGAAUCUGAAUGGUGCCUACCCCAAGCUGGUGCCUUUUAGACCUGCAGGACGGCUGAUCUCUCCACCUCUGCUACUUUCUGUGAUUUUCAACAUUCUUCUCAGCCUGGCCAUGCAUAUUGUGGGCUUCAUCCUGGUUCAGAGGCAGCCUUGGUAUUCCAUGGAGAUGCAUAGUGCCUGCACAUUUCAAAAUGAAAGCAUCUCAGAGUUAACCAUGUCUCCAACUGCUCCAGAAAAAAUGGAAAGUAGCAGUGCCUUCACAAGUUUUGAGAACACUACUAUCUGGUUCUUGGGAACAAUCAACUGUAUCAUUGUGGCUCUUGUGUUCUCUAAAGGAAAACCAUUUAGGCAGCCAACCUAUACAAACUAUAUGUUUGUCCUUGUGCUGAUAAUACAGCUUGGUGUAUGUCUAUUCAUUCUAUUUGCUGAUAUACCAGAAUUAUAUAGACGUUUGGAUCUGCUCUGCACUCCCAUCCUGUGGAGGGUCUCCAUUGUCAUCAUGCUCAGCUUGAAUUUCAUUGUGUCCCUAGUGGCCGAGGAGGCCAUUAUUGAAAAUCGAGCCCUGUGGAUGAUGAUUAAAAGAUGUUUUGGCUAUCAGUCAAAAAGCCAGUAUCGGAUAUGGCAGAGGGACUUGGCAAAGGACCCCAGUUGGCCCCCACUAAACCAAACCUCCUACUCUGACAUGCCAGGUUGUGGCAGAGGGGUGUCUUACAGCAAUCCAGUAUUUGAGAGCAAUGAAGAACAACUUUGAAGUUCAUGUGAUAUCCAAGUUGAUAUUACAGAGAAACAAUGACAAAAGGGACCGGUUUCAUUGAUUUUAAGAAAUGAGACUCUUGCAACAUCAGCUGGAGUUUUGAGAUACCUAUCAAAUCAUGGUGACAGACUAAAGUCUGUUUGAUAAAAUACUUUCUACAGAGAAGAACAUUGACCCAGAAGAGUGCUUUCCUCUUGGCUUCUGAAGGUAUGAAGGUAUGGGAAGCAUUCAGUGAAGGCAAGAAUGGGCCAAGGAUUGCCAUGGAGACAAGCAGGCUAAAGGGGAAGAAUAUGUGAUCUUUCUUCUUAAGACAGGAUAACACUUUCCUUUAAAAAAUGAGUUUAGGGGAAGUAGUACUGUGUAUACUCAUGGAGUUGUAACAUGUUAAAGAUCACUUUUGAAUUUUUACUUCAUCAGUGGAAAAACUAAUGCAUGGGAAACAUUACACCAAUCUUUACCGUCUGGAUUCUUUUCCUCUGUAGUCCUUUUCAGAUUUGAGGCUUUUUCUUCUGCUUCUGGCCUUACCCUACAUAUUAUUAAGGAUAAGCUCAGCCUAUGCUGCAAUAAAAAAGCAACUCUCAGAUAGCAGUGCCUUAACGCACAAGAGCUUCUUUCACGAUCCAGGUGACACUCCAGAACAGCUAUUCUUACAGUGGUGACUGCUUCACUCUGCUGGCUCCAUCAGCUCGACACAAGGACUCUGUGUUUACUGUGAUGGGGGAAGGGGUAGGCUGGAGAUCACAUGUGGGCUCUUCGCUGCCUCACCCCAAAAAUGGCACACAUCUCCUUCCCUACUCAUAUCUCAUUAGUCAGGGAUUUGGCCAGGAAGCUGGCAAGUACAGUCUCCUGUGUUUGGGGAUGCUUCGUGGGCUGAUGAGCUGUCGCUACACAGGGUCCCCAUGCUUAGAAGGGCCCCAUGCUACUUCAACACUCUGCUGUUUCCAUCAUAAAAUUUUUAAUUUUUGAACAAGGAUCCUCAUAUUUUCAUUUUGUACCAGACCCCACAAAUGAUAUAGUUGGUCUGGGAUGCAGUCCUGGGAAGGAAAGGAAAAUGGCAGAUCAGAGAGCACUAGUGCUGUCCACUGACGUCCACUUCUUUUAACCCCAGAAUUUACCCUAUGUUUUAGGAACCUCUCAUGUCACAUGGCCAACUCCAGAAAUUUUCACUCCUCUGCUUUGUUAUUUUUGAGAAGCAUUAGUCUUGUGCUAAGGAUUAUAUGGUACUACUGAUGUAAGUUCUUACACAACCAGUACGUUUUUUAAGUUUGUGGCUUCAGGUUCCAGAAAACUAAUAUUUUCCUUAUUUUAUCACUAUUACAAUUUGAUUAUACUGGAUUUGUUCAGCAUAAGGAAGACUCAGGUUUCUGUUAGCUCAGGAGACAACACUGAAUUCUAGGAGCACAUUUACACAUAACAUUUUAAGGCAAAAGCAACAUUUUUAUUAUGAGCAUCAGAUCCUAGGUGAAUGUUCUAAUCGGGGGAUAAGUGUCCUGGCCCAGGCUGGCUUUGCUACUAAUUAAUAGCAUUUGCAAGUAUUCCUUCCCCGUAACUGAGCUCUUGAGCAUGGUUGAUGGCUCUAUUACUGCAGCUGAUGGAACAUGGUGUCUCCCAGCCACGAGGGUACCUUGUUACUUCUGGUUUUAAAAUAGGGCUUGAAGAUAUUUCAGUGUUCUAAGACUGCAGAAUCAUUGUCUUUUUUCGAUACAGAAAGAAAUGUUUCCUUUUGCAAAGCCAGCCUUAGCAAUGAUAUGGCAGUUCUGAAUGUCCUUUUCUGAAAGUGUUUCUCAUUUUCCAAAAGUAGAGGGUUGUGGGCAGGGGCAAGCUAGACGUGGUCUGCGAACUAGUCAUGAGCAAGAUCAGCCUGCACAGUUCAUACUUAAAUGUGCCCUUCGUUAAGUGUGUUCACCUCCAUUAACUCACUUGAAUUGUACAGUUGUCCCAUAGCUCAACAAGGAACGGCUUAUCAUCUCCACCAUGCAGAUGAGAAAACUGAGAUUCAGGAAUGGCAAGAGCAGAUCUAGGCCUCAAAUAUAGAUCUUCUGAGCAAACCUUAUAUUGCUUCCAAAUACUUCCUAAUUAUGGAGCUCUAGCAGGGCAGGGUGCUUAGUGUGAUCUCACAGUCAAGCAAAGAAUGGGCAACUCUUUCCUAAUACCACGGCCUCUGUUCAAAUGAAUGCCAGUCAUCCUGCCAGGCCUGGGCUAGAGGUGUGUUAAAAACCAAACCAAACCAAACCAAAAAAUGAUUUGUCUGUCUUUCUGAGACUGAGUUGCUCUUGCCUCGGGCCUAAGUGAUUCUAUCCCUAGCAAUGGCCGGCAGGGAACAGGAAUAAAAGAAUCUAGUCCUCCACUAGCCAAGCAGCCAUGAAAUCUUUGGGAAAAGAGACUCAUUUUGAAGACUGUAUUCCUGCAGCUAACUACAUCUUGGAAGCAGUAAUUGAAAUAACAGGGAGUGCCUAGCCUGGAAAAAAAA